CUGGUUUCUCCGUCUCAUAAAAGAACAGAAUAUGUGGUCUAAUGUUGGCUUUUCUUUGAUUCAUAGUCCUGCAAUUAGAUUAAAUGAAACUCACAAAUAAUUUGUUGAUUCAGUUCAUAGGAAAAGUACUCAAUUCCUGGAAGCUGAAGCAGAAUUAACAUGGCGCAGAGCAGACAUGGUGUGAGAAAAGAGCAAUCUAGCAAGAUCACCGCACUUGUUGUGGACGAUAAUAUGAUCAACCGAACGAUUCACCACAGGCUCUUAGACAAUCUUGGCAUAGAAAGUGAAGUCGUCGAAAAUGGGAAAGAAGCUGUUGAUGUCCAUUGUUCUGGAAAAAAGUUUGACAUCAUUUUAAUGGACAUGGAAAUGCCUAUCAUGAAUGGCAUUGAGGCGACGAGGAGGCUUCGUGAAAUGGGGAUUCGAAGCAUGAUUGCAGGCGUGUCAUCGCGCUCAAUGGAACAAGAAAUACAAGAAUUCAUGGAAGCUGGUCUGGAUGACUACCAAGAGAAGCCCUUGACAAUUUCUAAACUUAUCUCUAUGAUCAGGAAGAUGAACCUCAAUUGUUAGAAAAAAAAAUGACAAAAAACCAUCAAGUUCCAUGGCUUUUGUUGUAGGAUGAAACAACUUAACCCAAGUCUUUCUACAGUGAUUUGGUUUCCAUUACAGUUGUAAACAAGUUCUAAGUUAUUUUAGUAAUGGUAAAUUUGUUUUGUUUAGCCUCACCCAAACUUUUGCUUGUCUAUUAAAUUAAAAAAAAAUCAUAUUUGAUGUA